ACAGUGAUGGCAGGUCUGAGGCACCCAGUGUCGGUGUGUGCAGUGGCUCUAGUGCAGACGGAGAGGCUCCAAACAUUUGCCUUCUCCGUGCGCUGGUCGGACGGCAGUGACACCAUCGUGCGCAGGAGCUGGGAUGAGUUCAGGAAGUUCCAGAAAAUCCUCAAGAGGAACUUCCCAGUGGAGGCGGGCCUGCUGCGACGAUCUGACCGCAUUCUCCCAAAGCUUCCAGGUCAGGCACCCCAGGACAUGCCGCUGCUAGUGCGCGGGGGGCGCACUGGCCGGGGCCUCGAGCGCCUGCGGCUGCUGGACACCUACGCACGGGCAUUGCUGGCAACCUCUGAUCGAGUGUCACAGAGCCCCAUGCUCACUGGCUUCUUUGCACCCCAACCUCUGGACUUGGAGCCUGCGCUGCCUCCUGGCAGCCUAGUGAUCCUGCCUGCCCCUGAGGAACCCUCAUCCCGCCCUGCAGAGAGCCCUGCCAUCCACAGCCUGGAGGCUCAGAGCCUGCGCUGCUUGCGACCCUUCCACACCCAGGACACGCGGGGCAGGUCUUUCCACACACGGGCCCAGGAAAGCCUGGAUGUGCUGCUGCGACACCCCUCGGGCUGGUGGCUGGUGGCAAACAAGGACCAGCAGACAGCCUGGUUUCCAGCUCCCUACCUGGAGAUAGCACCAGGCCAGAGCCAGGAGGCGGGCAUGGCUCUGGGGAGCAGUGGGACUCAGUUCUGUGCUUCUCGGGCCUACGAGAGUAGCCGUGCAGAUGAGCUGUCAGUUCCUGCAGGGGCGCGUGUGCGCGUGUUGGAAACCUCGGACCGGGGCUGGUGGCUGUGCAGGUAUGGUGGCCGGACGGGUCUGCUCCCUGCAGUGCUCCUGCAGCCGGAAGGGCUGGGUGCACUCCUAAGCGGGCCAGGGAUCCUCGGUGGGGAGGACCAGGCGGAUGAGGUCAGGGUUGCUCGGCCAGCAGUGCCCGCCCGCCCCAAGCCGAGUGCCAUCCAGAGUCGCUGCUGUACCAUCACCCGCAAGGCCCUUCAGAGGGACCCUGGGCAGUGGGGGCCCCCUUGAGUGUGUGUGCAGUCCUGCAAGGAGGCCGUGCUGUGCACCCCGACCACAGGCAGAGGAUCCAGACCCAAGGGACCACCUGUGGUGGCUGCACCUUCCCAGGGUUGGGAGAACAGAUGAGGGUGGGACUCCCUGGCUGGCAGGGCCAGGAGGCAGCAAUGUCCCAUUUCCUCUGA